UGUCCGAAACGACACGAACAAAAAGAGCAGAACACAAGCCUCCCGCUUUGAAAGCCUCUGUUCUCCGACCAAAACCCUGCAAAGGUUCAACCUUUCCUGCUCGUUCUCGCUUCCGAGAGUCCAAUUCCUCGUUCAAGAUCGGAACUUUCGAAGUGCAAGAGCACCCACCAAAGAAACGAAGCCCCUGAAUUCGAAAGGCGUCGACUUUCGAAAACCCGCCAUGGAGAAUAAGCCAUCGAGUUUUGUUGAUCGCCCAGUUGUACCGGGAGACGUGGUUCUUGAUCUGUCGAAAAUGUCUAAUCAGACUAUAAAGAUUGGCGGCGGCCUUCGUCAGGAAUCUGAUUUUAUUACAGUCAUGAAGGCUGGGAAACUAAGGUUCUCGAAACCAAAUAAAUACUGGGUCGAAAGCUCUCAAAAGAGGUAUAUGCCUUGUGUGGAAGACACUGUCCUUGGAAUCGUGGUCGACACUAAAGCAGAGAACUUCCUUGUUGACAUCAAAGGACCAGCAUUGGCCUUUUUGCCUGUACUUGCCUUUGAAGGAGGAACUAGAAGAAACAUACCAAAGUUUGAGCAAGGGACUUUGCUUUAUGCUCGGGUUGCGAAAGCAAAUCCCGGUACUAAUCCAGAGCUGUCAUGUACAGAUGCAAGCGGGAAAGCAGCAGAAUUCGGACCCCUCAAAGAUGGUUACUCGUUUGAGUGUUCAACUGGUCUAUCAAGGAUGCUGCUAAGUUCGCCAACCUGUCCAGUUCUCGAGGAAUUUGGCAAGAAGUUAUCUUUCGAGAUAGCAGCUGGCUUGAAUGGCCGGGUCUGGGUAAAUGCGGCAUCUCCAUCUACCACAAUUGUUGUUUCUAAUGCGAUUAUGAAGUCGGAGUCCUUAAGUGGGGUGCAGCAGAGAAUUAUGGUUCGGAAGCUGCUCGAUAGAAUUCAAUGAUCCGUUUUUUGUUCAAAAAAUCGUUUUAUCCCUCCCUUGGCAAGCUUGUGUAUGUCCUCGCAAGCGGAUAGAGUGCAAAUGAAGGUACAAGGUGAAGAUUGCCAUCGAAAUCCAGCUAUCUACGCUCAUGCAGGAACUUGUAGUGAAAUUCAUUAACCUUCAAUAUAUGGAUGGGGCCAAUUUGACAGGUCUUUCUUUCUCUUUUUGGUGCAAUGACGUGAGUUGUGGAUAUAUUUUGUGAAACGCGUUUUUCUUCUUCUUUAUUGGAAGUAAUACAACUAGAGCAUAAAAACAGACGAGUUGUCUUAAAAUCUCAUGAAGACAUUGCUUGCUGUUUGCCA